AUGAACAGGAUAACUCUGUACGACUUUAUUUUAGAUGAAGUUCGGGGGGGGAGGUACUACGACUCGUAUCUGAGUGAUGGUGAAAACGCCGGAGGAGGUGUGGCCGGAGCAGAAGAACGGAAGAAAAAGAAAAAUUUAAAUGAAGUAAAUGGUGCAGUAAGAGGGGCAACGAAGGAACCCAGCACUGGUCAAACAAACAACCCAGGAAAGGAUGAACAGCAGUAUGAUUUUUACAAAUUCUUGGACACCUUUUUUAAGACAGACUCUAUCCCAGAAAAUGCAUUGGAGCACAUGUUGAACGUGCCAUAUUUCCUAGAAAAAAUUAUGAGUUUCUCGUUUCUGCUCUGUCUAGAUAACAUCCUUUACGACAUUACGUUUAUGCCUGUCCAAGUUAUUCGCUCUUUGUCCAUUUUGCUGUACACGUUUCUCAGAAAUGCUGGUCAUAAUUUUCUGCGCCAUUUCUGCAAUAUAAAAAAUUUUAAAUUUUAUAAAUAUGCAACAACGUAUAAUCAUAAGGAUUUAAAAAAAUACAAAGCGAGGAUAAUUAAAAGUUCAAAUAAAUUUUCUCCAAAUGAAAGAAGAAGAAGAAGAAGAGUGUUGGAAAAAAAUAAAAAUUUGGAAAUUUAUGAUCAGUCAGGGAGGAAAAAUUCACUUGAAUGUUCAUUCAUUUUAAAAAAAAAAUCAUCCAAAAACUCCAUUUUUGGACAUCAUCGUGUCAAUUGUUUGUCCUACAAUGUGAAUUAUUCCAAUUCAGAUGAAUAUGAACUCAGCUUCGAGGGGGUAAAAAGCAUUUCGCAGAAUAAUUCUAUCGAUACCAAUACUGUAUUGAGUAGAUUAAAGAGUCUGAAAAAACUGGGCAGCACCACAGACCUGGGCACCAAAUGUGAUACGUGUGCCAUCCAUCCAGGCUGUGCAAACCAAGACAGUUAUGAGAACCACACUCGGUCUGUCGAAUUCCGAUUUUGCAGCUCCGGCGAGUACACAGAUGGAAAGGCACUCCAACAUGGGGACUCCAUCACAGGCGUCAAUAUAGACAACGCCCAUCACUUGAGGGAAGCCCAUCUUGAAAGACGAAAAAGGAGGGCCGAGAUAAAGUAUAACAAGAGAAUGCUACAAAUGCUUAAUAAAAAAUCGAUAGAAAGAAAUGCCCAUCGGAGGAGAAAGACAAACCGUCUGUCCACAUUCCUCCUCUUCGAACCUCUCGCAUUUGCCAAAAGGAUCAUAUGCAACGUUUUAAAAAGCUCAGUCAAUAAUAUCUACAAUGUGUUCAAACGUAUCGGCAUCAGAGUGCUUCUCUUCUUUCACAUGAACAGACUCUACUCUUGUAGCAUUUUUAAGGCCCAGGAAAAGAAGAAGAUUGUCACCCGGUCGUUCGAGGCCAAGUGCCUGGGAAGUGGAAAAAAGGGUAGCGACACAUCAAUGAUGGAGGAACGGCAAUCCUCUGAUGAUCAAGCGAAGGAGCAACCCCAUGACGAUGCAACUGUCGAACCGCCCCCCCAGACAGAAGACCAACCAGCGGUGAUUGCACAAAAUGCAGAUGUGCGCAAAGGGGAGAAAGCAAAUCAGGUAAGUCAUCUAACGCAGAUGAAAGAGGACCCCCCAAAGGAAAUCCCAUUGUUCCUUCCAAUAAAUAACCGACAAAGCAGAACGAGAAGUGAUUCCAAAAGGGGUAGUUACCAACAAAACGUGGAUGACUUAAUUAGUGAUUUUUCCAACCAGAGUGCCUACACAACAGAUGGAAGCGACCUUUCUUGUAGUACAAACCCCACGGACAUAUGCGAAGUCUUCGACGGGGUGCUAUUCCUAGAUGGCCAAAGUAAUCUCGAAGAGGAAAACGACCCAAGUGAUUCAUACGGACAGAACCAGAGCUGUCAUCUGAACCCCCUUUUUAUGACCCAAAAGAGAAACAGCGAAAACUAUCUUUACUACAAACUUAAUGAAGGCUUUGCAAAGCGAAAGAGCAUAAUGAAAAAUAUUUCCAAAGUUAAAGAAAUGAAGAGAAAAUUACUAAGGCAACAUUUAAACUCUCUGAAAUUAUCCUUCCCAGAAUACAGCGGAUUAAUACGAAUGUCUCUCAUACUCAUCUGCAUCUACAUUUUUUCGUUUGUGGACACGUCUAGGAUUUACCACUACAUAAGGGCUCAGCCUUUUAUGAAAUUAUAUGUUGUGCUGAAUAUGCUAGAAAUUGUGGAGAGGCUGCUGAGGUCGUUAGGGAAGGACCUCAUAGAUGACAUGAUUCGAACGUUCAUCAGAAUUAUUAACUUACGAUCCUAUGUUUACAUUGUUAGGAAUCACUAUACGAGUAAAGAAAAUGAACGAGAAACAGGCGCAACGCCCGGGAUGUCAGAACACAACCCAAGUGGGGUUCCGCAAGGUAGGAAAAAAACUACCUUCCCAGCAUCUUCCCCCACCACUACCACGACUGCUACGACUACUGCUACCACUGGUACCACCGCGACUAUCACAACUGCAGCCACCUCGGGGGGAUCCUGGACCCAAGGGGAACACUGCUCGGAAAACAAAUUGCCAACUCCAAAACAUCUAAACCCGUUUGAGAUAACCCCGAAUGAUGACCAACCGAAGAACAAACCAACAGACAUUUGCCAAAUUAGCCACGCUACACAGGAAUCAGAGAAGGGUAGAAAUAAAAUUACCACCACCCCCAGGCACAACCAAAACCACCAAAUGAAGCAGAACCAGCUCAGUCCGAACGAACGGGAAAAAAACAAAAUAGAUGGUCUCAAAAAUAAUAAGGAAGACCAAAUGAACAAGAAAUUUAAAAUCCCCAUCUUCUACCCCUUUUAUAGUAUACUCAUCAAAUUUAUUGUGCAGUAUAUAUUUGUCCUUACGUAUAUCUUAACCCACGCCUUUGCGCACCUCAUACGCUUCCUCUCUCUGAACAUUGCGAUCAAUUCGUCGGAGUCUACCAUGUUCCUGAUCCUAGUGAUGAGCAACUUCACAGAAAUAAAGUCAACCGUCUUCAAAAAAUUCUCCAAGACUUCCCUCUUCACAAUUGUCGCUUCAGAUGCAGUAGAGCGCUUCUACCUCUUCAUCGAUGCCUUCCUCGUUUUGCUAAAGAUGUCCACUGCAUACAGAACGCAGAAUUCUUUUUUUAGCAUUUCCAGCUGGCUCAUAAUUAUUCUGCUCCUUGAGGUCGGCGUCGACUGGUGCAAGCACUCCUACUUGCUCAAGUACAACAAAUUAGACUCCGAUUCCCUCAACAAAUAUUUCCACACACUCCUGGCCGACGUCCUAAUUUCCAGAACUCCCAACAACAACAUCUACUACAUGAACACCUCCUCCUUCGAAGUGCCCUGCAAAAACAUUUUCUGCUUUUCACACAUCCCCACGCGAAGACUUGGUUACAUGUCCAUGCCGGUCGUGACCCUCAUCGUGUGUUCUCUCCCAAGGUUGAACUAUUUGUACAACAUCUCCCACUUAUCCUUUGCUUUGUCCAUCUGGGUUUGUCUUUUCCUUUUCAAGAUCACCCUCUCAGUUAUGAUUGUGUCUUACACGAUAUCCCAAAAGAAGCACCUUAAAAACUUGGGGAAGCCAUAUGACGAUAUUAGUGCUAUGUGA